UUUAAUGCUGGCUUGUCGGCCGUUUCAGUUCACUUCAGUUCUUUCUCACACAUGGGUUUAGUCAGAACGGCAUAUUACAUAUUUUCAAUAUAAAAGUAGAGACAAACAUUUAUCUUCACCUUAAUACAAAAUGCUACUUGAGAUAGUAUUGUUGAUUCUAACCCUACUUCUUCUCCUCUACAGAUAUGUCACCAAGGACUUUGAUCAUUGGGAGAAGAAAGGUGUUCCCCACAUUAAAGGUGUUUUCCCCUGUGGCAGUCAUACCGAGCUACUUACCCAAGCCAAGCACAUCACUGUGCUUGUCAAAGAAGAUUAUGAAAAGUUUAAGGAGGAGGAUUUCUAUGGCAUAUACAUGCUAGGAAAGCCUACAUUGGUUGUGAAAAAUGUUGAUAUGAUUCGGAAUGUUAUGGUGAAGGACUUCAACCAUUUUGUAGAUAGAAACAGUGAAAGCAUAAGUCAAUGGGCUCAGGGUGGAGACAUGGACCAGCUUUGGGCUAAAGGAAUGGCUGAAUUACGCGGGGAGCUUUGGAAAGAUGUAAGAUCAUCCUUCUCACCUGUAUUUACAUCCGGAAAGAUGAAAGGGAUGCUCAAGUUUAUUGCGGAGGUUGGACAAUCACUAAAGAAUGAUUUUCAUAAACUUUCAGAAUCCGGACAGGAUUUUGAAUUAAAGGAAGAAUUUGGCAAGUUCAGUUUGGAUUCUCUAGCAUGUUGUGCUUUUGGACUGAACCCCAAGAGCUUUGAAGAUAACUCUGGAGUUUUUGUUAAAUAUGCAGCCAGUGUUUUUCAGGUUUCAGUCUUGGAUAACAUUAAGCUAAUGACAAGAAUGAUUCCAGGAAGCAUUUGGCUUCAGCAAAAACUUAAUAUAAAUUUCUUUAAACCAAAGGAAACCAAAUAUUUUAAAGAUAUAAUCCUCAAGACAAUUCAGCAUAGAAGAGAAACUGGAGUCAGGGCUAAUGAUCUGAUUGAUUUAAUGCUAGACUGUAUGAAACCUGCUAGUAAUAUUGAAACGGCUGAUAUUGAUGAGCCUGAAGAUGUACAUCUGAAACAUCACAAGAAAUCCAUAGAAUUGAAUGAAGAUAUAAUUGUUGCCAAUAGUCUUCUUUUCCUUGUUGCUGGAUAUGAUACUACAGGGAUGACUCUGGCCAUAAUGGGAUAUUUCCUAUCCAAAUACCCCUCAGUUCAAACCAAACUCCAAGAGGAGAUAGACCAAGCCUUUGAGGAUAAUAGCGGUUCGUUACCAGAAUACCAAGUUAUUCAGGAGCUUCCUUAUCUUGAAAUGUGCAUAUUGGAAUCAUUAAGACUGUAUUCACCAGCAGGUGUUUUAUUUAGAACAUGUACCAAGGACUACACCUUCCCAGAAACCAAUAUUUCUGUCAAGAAAGAUGAUUUUAUCCUUCUCCCUGUCAUUGGUAUUCACUCUGAUGAACGCUAUUAUCCAAACCCAGAGGAAUUUAAUCCAGAAAACUUUAGCAAAGAAGCAAAAGCUUCUAGAAGUCCAUACACCUUCCUAGGGUUUGGUCAUGGACCCCGUGCGUGCAUAGGGAUGAGGUUUGCACUGUUGGAGGCUAAGGUGGCGAUGAUCGAGAUCCUUCACAGUUUCUCCUUUGUGUACAGCGACAAAAAUCCAGAUGUUCUAAAAUUAGACCCAGGAAGUGAAACCGGGUACAUUCAAGGAGGACUUUUUGCCAAAAUUCAAAAGAGAUGCUAAUCUAAGAAACGGAGACAAAAGGUUUAGAAGAAAGGUAUUCAUGAUAUUCAUGACGGUUCAACCCUUCUUUAAGUAUUAACUCGCUAUUACUUUUAAAACUUUCCUUGCAAAAAAAUACGCUUUUUUAAAAAAUAUUUCACAAAUUAACUUUUUCAAAGAAGUUUUCAAUUUCCUAUCUUUACAUGUAGAGACAAUACGUUUUCAGUAAAAAUGAAAAACAUUUCCAGCAGUUAAAAAUUUGGAAUUAGUAGUUAAAGAAAGUUGAAAAUAUUGCACACCUAGAGGUGCAUGUGAAUUUAUUUUAAAAACCCCUCUGAUAACAAUUUUUAUUAUUUAAAUCAAACGCAUAGUUAGGGGAGGGGUGGCUAUGGGGACUAAGCCCCCUGGAAAGGAAAAAAAUAAGCCACCCCUGGACAAAUUCCUGAUUACUCUCUUGAUGAUGUAAAUGUACUUAUUACUUACUUAUCAUCCACACGUAAUGGUACAUUUUAAACCUUUAAAACUUUCAAAUGUACCAAAAUAUUAAUAAUUUUAAAUGUAAUGUUGUUAUAUAGGAGUUAA